AUGCUGCAUAACCGGAAAUCUAUGCAGCCGACAAGCUUUCCGAUUCCGAAUGUCUCGCCCGCGGACCAAACUGCACCUUGGUACCACGGAAAUAUCAGCCGCAAAGAGGCUGAAAUUCGACUUUUGCACAAGAUAGAUGGAUCGUUCUUAAUUCGCGAGUCAACUCAUUAUCCCGGUGACUUCACGCUAUGUGUCUCCUACCAAGGUCAUGCGGAGCAUUAUAGAAUACGUAGUCAGGAUGGCUCCUUCUCAUGUGACCAGGAGGAAUAUUUCCCUUCGCUGAGUAUGCUUCGGUCUUGUCGUUGUCGUUCGACUGUUGCUUGUUUAACAUACGAACUUGGCGGUGGCGACCUCUCAGACUUUUCUAUUCAGCGCGACGAACUGCAGUUGGGCGAGGUGAUCGGCCAUGGCGAAUUUGGAGAUGUUCUAAUGGGUAGUUAUGCCGGCAUGAAAGUAGCUGUCAAAGUUUUGAAACGAGGUGACCACGUCGUCGAGUCGUUGCUGCAGGAGGCUGCUAUGAUGACAUCUUUGUGCCACGAAAAUCUCGUAAAGCUACUUGGCCUCGUUUGCAGCGGCAAUGUGUAUCUCGUAACAGAGUACAUGUCCAACGGCAGUUUGCUGGAUUACCUGCGGUCGCGCGGUCGUCAGCAAGUUUCGAAGCGACAACAGAUCUGUUUUGCAAGUGGAAUAUGCAGCGGAAUGGUUUACCUCGAAUCUAGAAACCUGGUGCACCGCGACUUAGCGGCGCGGAAUAUCCUUCUCUCUGAGAACAUGACUCCCAAGAUUUCAGAUUUCGGCUUGGCCCGCCGCGCCAAUAAUCUAACGGUGGAAGACGCGACCGGCCGGUUUCCAAUUAAGUGGACCGCUCCAGAAGCUCUGAAGCAUAACAAAUUCACUAGUAAAUCUGACGUGUGGUCGUUCGGCAUUCUGUUGUGGGAAAUUUAUUCAUUUGGUCGAGUUCCGUAUCCGAGAAUACCUGUUGAGGAUGUUGUUCGUUACGUUGAAAAGGGCUAUCGUAUGGAGUCUCCUGAAGGUUGCCCGUCAGAUAUGGCAAAGCUUAUGCUCAUGUGCUGGUCAUUUGAGCCUGAGAACAGACCGACAUUCGCCGAUAUGUAUGCAAUGCUACAGAUGUUUGAGCUAAGUGUUCAAUGA